AAGAAGAAGAAGAAGAAGAAGAAGAAGGCUUGAGAAACAUAGAUGCUAGCUGCUUAGCAUCGCGGCCGAUAUGAGCGACUGCUGAGCUCUUAUUUUAAAGUUGCAGUAAUAGGUCGCCGAAAACAUUUCACUACAAUCCAUCUAGUGAUUUUGGAGACCGCAAGCUGCCACGUCAGUCCCAGGACGACAAAAGUGCUGUCGCUGACGUUAUGACCGAUUUAUUGUCUCGGUUCAAGUUGUUUUCUUAGCAUUAGCCUCUGAGCAAAGACUGCUAGACAUGGAGACCCGGGGGGCUGAAGACAUGUUUGACUUCCGUCGGUUUCCCAAAGACACAUUAAUCCUUUUGCUGUUGCUGGUUUACUUUCCUGUGGGCGUUUGCUUGAUGUUAAUACGGAUCUUUAUCGGUGUUCACGUGUUCCUGGUCAGCUGUGCGCUUCCAGAAAGUUUUGUUAGAAGAUUUAUUGUUAGGAUAAUGUGCUCAGUCCUGGGGAUGCAUGUGAGACAAAAAAACCCUCGCUCCAGAGACAAGAACACCAAGCUGUACAUAUGCAACCACGUGACGGACUUUGACCACAACAUAAUCAACCUCCUGACCCCCUGCAAUACUCCCCAGCUAGAGGGCUCAACGGGCUUUGUGUGUUGGGCCAGAGGCUUCAUGGAGAUCCAUUCAGCGUCUGUCCAAGGAGUGUUAGAAGACUCUCUUCAGAGAUACUGCGCCAGUGAAGGUAUCCCGCCUUUGCUCCUGUUCCCUGAGGAGGACACCACAAAUGGCCGCGCUGGUCUGCUUAGGUUCAGCUCCUGGCCUUUCUCCCUGACUGACUCCAUUCAACCUGUGGCCUUACGGGUGACCAGACCGUUGAUUGCUUUGAGUACACCAGAGUCAAGUUGGCUGUUGGAGCUCUUGUGGACAUUUUUCGCUCCAUGUACAGUGUAUCAUGUAAGUUGGCUCCCAACCAUAUCCAGACAAGAGGACGAGUCGAUGCAGGAGUUUGCCAACAAAGUCCAGGAGCUACUAGCCAGUGAACUUGGCCUGGUAUCCACCAAGAUCACAAAAGCUGAUAAAGCAGAGCACGUCAAGAGGAAAAGGCACACUUUACCACAAGCUUCAACAAAUGUCAGACCUGCUUCUAUCGGCCUUGGCUUCAUGGUCCAGAGUUUGGGCACAGAUGAUCGUAGGAUUGCCAAAAUGGCCCAACAGGUGAAGGACGUGCUGCCUCAUGUCCCUCUGAAUGUAAUCACAAAGGACUUAGCAAAAACCAACUGUGUUGACACAACCAUAACAAACCUGCUUGAGAACAAGGAGGAAACCCAAAUGGAAGCAACUGGGACGUCGACAUUAGGGCCUUCAAGGAACAGCUCCUACUCCUCUGGUUCUGCUCCCACCAUUAAGCCUGCUGCCAAAGCUUUUGGGAGAUCGCCAACUGAUAGACAUUUGUCUCUCCAAGAGAGAAAAGAGGCACUGUAUAAUUUUGCAAGAAGACGCUACAUUGAAAAACAUGGACUGGAUCAAGAGGACACUCAUUAAGCACACUUUGGGUCAAGCCAUCAACUAGUCAGAGAGAAGACUAUUCAACUUGCAUAGCAUUCUAAUUUGAAUGGUGAUUUUUAUAUUCUGUCGACAGGUUUCAUUGAAAGACAGAUUUUGUUUAAUGCAAAUAACGGAGAGAAGUAUUUAGAGCAUAAACAUUCAUGGAAAGGUGAUACUGCAUGUGUUUGGUUCUUCAUUCUGACUGAUACAUAAUUUUGAUAUCAAUUUGUAUUAUGAUCCACUGACUGUGAAUCAUCUAUUUAUUUUUAUAAUGUCCAGAAAUGUCAAAGAAAAUAAAGUUCAGCUUGACCGUA